AUGUCGCUCGGAAAGAAGGUCACUCUCAACUCUGGUCACCAGAUCCCUCAGCUGGGCUUUGGUACCUGGCAGGCCAAGCCUGGUGAGGUCGAAGAAGCUGUCUUUGAGGCUCUCAAGGCCGGCUACCGCCACCUGGAUCUCGCGAAAAUCUACCAGAACCAGAAGGAAGUCGCCCAUGGCCUGAAGAGAGCCUUCAAGGAGAUCCCUGGCCUGAAGCGUGAGGAUAUCUUCCUUACCUCCAAGCUAUGGAACACCCAGCACCGCCCUGAGGAUGUCGAGGCCGCCUUGGACGACACUCUCAAGGAGCUCGAGCUGGACUACCUCGACCUCUACCUGAUCCACUGGCCCGUUGCCUUCAAGGCCAGCAGUGACAGUUUCUUCCCUCUCGAUUCCUCCAGCUCCCAUCCCGACGGGGAUGUUGCGAUUGACGACAGCGUCUCCAUUGUCGACACCUGGAAGGCCGUUCUUAAGCUUCCCAAGACCAAGGUCCGCUCCGUCGGUGUCUCCAACUUCACCGUCCAGCAUCUCGAGGCAAUCAUCAAGGGCACCGGAUCUGUCCCCGCGGUCAACCAGAUCGAACGUCACCCUCUCCUUCCCAGCAAGGAGCUCCUUGCCUACGCCAAGGAGAAGAACAUCCACAUUACUGCCUACUCGCCCUUUGGUAACAACAUGGUCAAUGCUCCCCUGCUGGUCACUCGCCCAGAAGUCAAGGAAGUCGCGGAGAAGGUCUCCAAGCGCACCGGAUCUGAGGUUACUCCCGCCCAGGUUAUCCUUGCCUGGUCCCAGGUUGGCGGCCACAGCGUGAUCCCCAAGUCGGUCACUCCCUCUCGCAUCCGCGAGAACUUCAAGGAGAUCGAGCUGCAGGAUGACGAGUUCGCCGCUAUCGAGUCCAUUGGCAAACAGCCUCGCCGCUACAACGUCCCCUACGCCUCAUACAAGCCGCGAUGGCCCAUCGAGAUCUUCGGCGAGCCCGAGGAGAAGUCGGCUCCUCACAAGGUCGUCUUGGGCGCUUAA